ACAGAUGGCGGCGGGUCCCGGGGGAGCCGGCUCUCCCCCAAUGCAGACGCAUGCCAAUCACCGUCUCUCAUGUGAUAGCUGCUGCCCGUGACGUGCCAAGCCCAUAUGGCCUGGCAUAGAGGCUGGUACCCCGCCUGGUAGAGAUGCCACACUCGCUCCGCGGCUCGCAUGGCGCUCUGAAGACGCCGGCGCCCGCCGCCUUGAGGAGCCGCUGCCCCCGCUCCCAGAAGAUGGGGGAACAAUGAAAUAAGCGAGAAGAUCCCUCUUCUCCCCCCUCUCUCUCUUGCCCCCUCCCCCCUCCCCUCCCCUCUCCCCUUGACUCCUCUCCGAGGCACCAUGCUGACCCGCCUGUUCAGCGAGCCCGGCCUCCUCUCGGACGUGCCCAAGUUCGCCAGCUGGGGCGACGGCGACGACGAGGAGCAGAGGAGCGACAAGGGCGACGCGCCGCCGCAGCCACCACCUGCUCCAGGUCCGGGGGCUCCAGGGCCUGCCCGGGCGGCCAAGCCCGUUCCUCUCCGUGGAGAAGAGGUACCCGAGGCCACGUUGGCCGAGGUCAAGGAGGAAGGCGAGCUGGGGGGCGAGGAGGAGGAGGAAGAGGAGGAGGAAGAAGGGCUGGACGAGGCGGAAGGCGAGCGGCCCAAGAAGCGCGGGCCGAAGAAGCGCAAGAUGACCAAGGCGCGCCUGGAGCGCUCUAAGCUGCGGCGGCAGAAGGCCAACGCGCGGGAACGCAACCGCAUGCACGACCUGAACGCCGCGUUGGACAACCUGCGCAAGGUGGUGCCCUGCUACUCCAAGACGCAGAAGCUGUCCAAGAUCGAGACGCUGCGUCUCGCCAAGAACUACAUCUGGGCGCUCUCGGAGAUCUUGCGCUCGGGAAAGAGGCCCGACCUGGUGUCCUACGUGCAGACUCUGUGCAAGGGUCUGUCGCAACCCACCACUAACCUGGUGGCUGGCUGCCUGCAGCUCAACUCUCGUAACUUCCUCACCGAGCAGGGCGCCGACGGCGCGGGCCGCUUCCACAGCUCCGGCGGCCCGUUCGCCAUGCACCCAUACCCAUACCCGUGCUCCCGCCUGGCGGGCGCACAGUGCCAGGCAGCUGGCGGCCUGGGCGGCGGCGCGGCUCACGCCCUGCGGACCCACGGCUACUGCGCCGCCUACGAGACGCUGUACGCUGCGGCAAGCGGCGGGGGCGCGAGCCCGGACUACAACAGCUCCGAGUACGAGGGCCCACUCAGCCCUCCGCUCUGUCUCAAUGGCAACUUCUCGCUCAAGCAGGACUCGUCGCCCGACCACGAGAAAAGCUACCACUACUCUAUGCACUACUCGGCGCUACCCGGCUCGCGGCCCACCGGCCACGGGCUGGUCUUCGGCUCGUCAGCCGUGCGCGGGGGUGUCCACUCGGAGAAUCUCUUGUCUUACGAUAUGCACCUUCACCACGACCGGGGCCCCAUGUACGAGGAGCUCAAUGCGUUUUUCCAUAACUGAGACCUCGCGCCGACCCCCUUCUUUUUCUUUGGCCUUUGCCCGCCCCCUAGCCCCGGUCCCCAGAGCUCAGGGGCAGUCCCAUCUACUCCAGCGCCGGGCGUGGGGACCCAGCCGCCCGUUCUGCCACUCUCCGGGGCCGCGCGGUCUCUUAUCAGUGGGUGGCCCGUCCCAGGGGCCUCGCUUCCCCCUGGGGACUCGCCUUCUCUCUCUCCAUCGGGCUUCCUCCUCCUCCUUUCUCCCGUGGAGCGCUUCUCUGGGGACCUUCCCGCCCCCCCUCCCUGGAGACCCUCUCCCCAUUUUCAAUACCCUCACUUAGGUUUUCUCCUCCUCCCCACCUCUCUGCAGGCCGAAAGGCGGUGGAGAGAGGCAGCUAUGCUGCGGGAUGCGGCUUUCCCCCUCUCGUUGUUACCUUGAAAACCAGACAUUGAGCUGCGGAGGAAAGGAGCUGGGAGCCUCCCCUUUCUUGAAGAGGGCAGAAGUCAGGGCGCCCAAACGCCAUCAGCCCAGCCCCAAUCUUCUCGUUUUGCCAUUUUAAUUUUGGCGGGAGGGAAUGUGGAUUGAGAGGAAAGAGGCCAAGCCAAUUUGUAACUAGAAUGAUUUUUCCCUUUUCCUUUUUUAAAAACAAACAUACAAAA